CCGAUGCAGUUUUAUCACGUGAUCCACGCGGUGGUACCGGCGAAAGAACUCACGUGUUGAGGCCCCAAAGCGCGUUGCAGUACGCACAAUGCAGUUGUGUCUUACGCUGGUGUUUGUCUUGAUUACCGCGAGUGAGGCACGCCACUUUUACCCUUACUCGACAUACCCUCCAUAUCAUCCGGUCGCGACGACCGCUCGACCUCAUCAUCAAAGAAACAUCAAUGAUGUGACGGUGGUCGACGAAAAGACGGGGAUCCGCUACAACCCCUACAGCAAGCACCAUCCGGGGAGACAUGUAUGCGCAAAUCAAAGAAACGUCAGUUACCCCAUCCGCACAAAACGCGUGUUCGCCAAACCCACCUACAAGAAAUACAUGGUACGCUGUGGCACCCAAUGGUGCGAAGGUGUUAGGUUAGUGUACGAAAAAUACCACAGAGAAGUUGUCACAGACGCCAACCACACUCUAGUAGACUACACCUGCUGCCCAGGAUGGACACAGGUCAAUUACAAGAGUCACGGCUGUAAUAAACCUGUGUGCUCUCAGCCUUGUAUCAACGGAGGCAAAUGUGUGAGACCCAACGUCUGCAUGUGUCCCCCGGGAUACGACGGCACGUAUUGUGAAACUAAAACCACCGUGUAUACCCCUGACGGGUGUAGUUGUCCCAAUGGUUAUGGUCCCGUUCAAACUAUCUGUCUUUGUCAGUCUCUGGGCCCGUCCUUUUGUCCCCAGCAUUGUCCACCUUGGUGUCCCCAAAUAUGUCCCAAUUUGUGUCCUCUUCACGUAGUGUGUCCCCAAUCUCAGUGCACUUGUGCUCGAAUUUGUCCUAAACAACGUCCUUCCAAACACAACGGGUUGCAAGACGAUGACAGACCCAUGUGUCCUGUGUGUCUAAAUGGAGGAACCUGUAGGCCUCCGAUUUGUAUUUGUCCUCCGGGAUUCACCGGAAUUCGUUGUGAAAAUGCGCAGAUUCAAACGGACUGCAGUCUGCCGUGCAAGAACGGCGGCACUUGCAAGACCAAGUCCGUGUGCAUCUGCCCACCAGGCUUCACUGGUAAGCUCUGUGACAAAGACGUGGAUGAGUGCAAGCAGAAGCCUUGCGACCAAAUAUGUUACAACACACCCGGGAGCUACCGAUGCGAAUGCAAAGAGUCCUUCGUAUUGCAAAGAGACGGUCAGACUUGUCGUAAAGAGAACGACGACGAUACGGCGCUCGAGGCCAAAGAUUUGGAUGCACAGCAAAGAUUGGAUAAGAUGGAUAAACGUCUGCAGACGCUGGAAAAGAUGAUGAAAGAAAAAAGUAACAAUGAAGUUACGAAGCAGGAUCUUAAAAGUAUUUAUGGAAAUAUUGAUAGAAUAUCUAGCGAUAUCGGUAGUAUAGCAUGCAAACUGCGACGAUUGGAAAGUUAUAAUCAAGAUAUUGAACAUCUAAAAAGUAGCAUCGAUGUUGAAAAUCAAGGAAUUUCGCCUUCUAGUAACUCUAAGCAUUUUCCUCCUCCAUCUGAGGAAGAAAGCUGUGACUGUGAAAAACCACAAGAACAUCCUCCAGGGUGUAAAUGUGUUCACUUUAGGACUUUAUAAAAUCGGUGUAUACAUCUAUGUAAAAAUCUAAACUUAUAUUUAUAUGUAAAAACAUAAAUAAACAUUUAAAAAUGUACUUUUAUUUUUAAUAAACCAACUAUACUUAACAA